AUGGACGAAAUCUUAAAUAGACUGAAAAACAAAGACAAAGCUGUUCAACAAAAGGCAGCUCAAGACCUCCGAGUAUUAGUUGAAGGACAACCUAAUCUACUAAAUGAAGUGAAUAAACGAAUAUUUGAAAUGAUGCAAGGAGAUACCCCUGAUUCUCAUAAAAUUGGGGGUAUUUUCGCAAUUGACGCAUUAAUAAAUAAUAAUAUUGAGACGACAACAUUGUCAAGAUUUACAAAUUAUUUAAAAAUGGUUCUUCCAAAUAGCGAUCAACAAAUUAUGAUUUUGGCUGCAAAAGCGCUCGGUAAAUUGGCGGCACCAAGUGGUGCAGUGACCGCCAUAUUUGUUCAGCGCGAAGUUAACACUUCAUUAGAAUAUUUACAAGGUGAUCGCCAAGAAUUAAGAAGAUAUGCUGCGGCUCUUGUCCUACGUGAACUUGCCCAGAAUGCACCUACUCUUGUAUAUGGGCAUGUUCCUACAAUUUUGGAAUCUAUAUGGGUCGGUUUACGUGAUCAAAAACAGAUCAUACGAGAGGCAUCAGCAGAGACUUUGAGCGCGUGUUUGAAAAUAGUUUAUGAACGUGAAAGUGGUCAUCGAAUUCAGUGGUAUACAAGAAUUUUUGAAGAAGCUGGAAAGGGAUUAAAAUCAAAUAACGCGGAUCAAAUACAUGGUUCCCUGUUGGCGUAUCGUGAAUUAUUGAAUCAUGCAAAAGCUAUAGUUUUACGCUAUAAAGAUCAUCGCGAUGGUCUGAUCAGACGAACUGUUAUUUCUUUAAUACCAGUUCUUGCCGAAUUUGAUGAUAAAGAAUUUGUUUCCACCAAUGUUCAUAAAUGUAUGCCGUAUCUUUUAGCACAGCUCAAAAAAGAUCGUGACAGGUCAAUAUCCUUUAUUGCUAUUGGGCAAGUUGCUUGUGCUGUAGGAAGUAACGUGGGCCCAUAUCUUGAUUCCAUAUUAAGCAGCAUAAAAGAAGGGUUGUCUACGAAGCCUCGAAACCGAGGCGGAAAUGAAGCGCCAUUGUUUCAAUGUAUUGGGAUGUUGGCCCGCGCAGUGGGUCCCGCACUUACAAAACAUAUGCACGAACUAUUAGAUUUAAUGUUUGCAUGUGGGUUGAGUGAUCCAUUGCGUCAGUCAUUGAUGGAAUUAGCUGAAUAUAUACCGCCUUUACUUGCUAACAUACAAGAGCGUCUUUUGAACAUGCUAUCGACAACUUUGUGUGGGCAACCUUUUCGCCCUCCUGGUUCACCUGUAUCCGAAGGAAAUGAUCUUAGGCGUCAUCUUGGAAAUCAAGUAUCAGAAUUAAAAGAUGUUGAUACUAUUACACUCGCUCUAAAAACACUAGGAAACUUUAAUUUUGAAGGACAUAUUUUGAACGAAUUUGUAAGAGAUUGUGUGGCGCGAUACUUGGAGCAAGAGAAUUAUGAAGUCCGUGCGGCAGCUGCUUUAACUUGUUGUCAGUUGUUUGCACGUGAUCCUAUAUUAGAUCAAACAAGUAAUCACGCUAUUCAAGUGGUUAAUGAAGUUCUAGAGAAACUCUUGACUGUGGGAGUUGCUGAUCCUGAUCCAGUAAUACGCGAGACCGUUCUUUCAAAUCUAACUGAGAGGUUUGAUAGGCAUCUAGCUCAAGCAGAAAAUAUUCGAUCAUUGUUUAUUGCACUCAAUGAUGAAGUUUUUACAAUUCGUGAAAUCACAAUCACAAUUAUUGGCCGUCUGGCUUCGCAUAAUCCUGCUUAUGUUAUGCCAUCGUUGCGGAAAACGUUAAUUCAACUUUUAACAGAAUUAGAAUAUUCUAGUGUCAAUCGUAAUAAGGAAGAGAGUGCAAGACUAUUAAGUUUAUUGGUUUCGGCAUCGCAAAGAUUAAUAAAACCUUAUGUUGAGUCAAUUUUAAAAGCUUUGUUACCCAAAUCUCGUGAUCCAAGUCCAGCGGUCGCAUCCAGUGUCUUGGCUGCAUUGGGCGAAUUAGCACGCGUUGGUGGUGAAGAUUUAAUUCCUUACUUGGAUAAAUUAAUGCCUCUUAUUAUUGACGCUCUUCAAGACCAAAGCUCUAUGGUUAAAAGAGAUGCCGCACUUAAGACUUUGGGGCAAUUAACGAGUAAUACCGGGUUCGUCAUAGAGCCGUAUCAAAAAUAUCCAAAAUUACUCACAAUUCUUAUUAAUAUAUUGAAAACGGAGCAAUCACCAUCAAUUCGACGAGAAACUGUCAAAUUAUUAGGAAUCCUUGGUGCUCUCGAUCCUUAUCGUCAUAAGAUUACUACUGGAUCCACCGACGACUCUUUAGUUGAUCCAAAGUCAAAUAAUACAGAUGUUUCUCUGUUAAUGAUUGGAAUGGGUCCUUCAUCAGAAGAUUAUUAUCCCACUGUUGUAAUCAACGCAUUGAUGAAAAUUUUGCGCGAUCCUUCAUUAAGUGCUCAUCAUACUGCAGUCAUUCAAGCAGUCAUGUACAUUUUCAAGACUCUUAGUUUAAAAUGUGUACCAUUUCUACCACAGAUCACACCUGCAUUUUUGGGAGUAAUGCGAACUUGUCCCCCCGGAAUGUUGGAAUUCUAUUUUCAACAACUUGGAAUUUUAGUUUCAAUUGUACAACAACAUAUUAGAAAUUAUCUUUCAGACAUUUUUGCUUUGGUUGAAACGUUUUGGAACCCGAGCUCUACAAUUCAAAUAACGAUUAUUCAUCUUGUUGAAGAAAUCGCUAAAGCUCUUGAUGGUGAAUUCAAAAAUUAUCUUCCAACACUCUUGCCAAUAAUGUUACAAAUUUUUGAUGAGGAUAAAAGUGAAAAACGUCAACCUACACAGAGAGUUUUACAUGCUCUCGUCGUGUUUGGUCCCAAUAUUGAAGAAUAUAUGCAUCUUGUUAUUCCUGUGGUGGUUAAACUUUUCGAGAGACAAGACGUACCACAUCAGUUACGCAAAUCAGCAGUUAUCACAAUUGGUCAAUUAUCCAAAAAAGUGAAUUUCUCUGAUCAUGCUUCAAGGAUAAUACAUCCAUUGUCUCGUGUUUUGGCUCAGCAAACCUUUUUAGAUUUGAGGAAUGCAGCUAUGGAUACACUUUGUGCUCUAGUGUUUCAAUUAGGAUCCGAUUAUGCAAUAUUCAUUCCAAUGAUAAACAAGGUUUUACAAAAACAACGUAUCCAACAUCCUAAUUAUGAAAUGUUGGUUUCAAAACUUCUGAAAGGAGAACCUUUGCCGCAAGAAUUGGGUGUAGAUGAAAGAUAUAAUGAAGCACGAGUCGAAGAUACACCUGCUGCUGAGACUAAUACAAAAAAAUUACCUGUGAACCAACAGCAUUUGAAAAAUGCUUGGGAAUGUUCGCAAAGAUCUACAAAGGAUGAUUGGCAUGAAUGGAUACGUCGUUUGAGUGUUGAACUUUUAAAAGAAUCGCCAUCACAUGCUCUUCGAGCUUGCGCUAGUUUGGCUGGUGUUUAUCAUCCCUUAGCAAGAGAACUUUUUAAUGCUGGAUUUAUAUCAUUUAAUUCAUUAAUGUCCGCAUUAAGAGCUCCAAAUAUUCCUCCUGAAAUUGUUUCGACAAUAUUAAAUCUUGCCGAAUUUAUGGAACAUUAUGACAAAUCACUUCCUAUAGAUAUUAGAACGCUUGGUAACCAUGCGGAGACUUGCCAUGCAUAUGCCAAAGCUCUUCAUUAUAAGGAACUAGAAUUUAUAUCAGAAGCCACUACUGAAACAAUCGAGAAACUGAUUCAAAUUAAUAAUCAACUACAACUUCCAGAUGCGGCAAUUGGUAUUCUUACUCAUGCGCAACAAACCCCUGGACUACAAGACCUUCAAUUAAAAGAAAAUUGGUAUGAGAAAUUAACUAGAUGGGAAGACGCUUUGAUCGCUUAUGAAAAACGUCGUCAAAAUGAACCUAGUGACUUUGAAGCGACACUUGGUGUUAUGCGUUGUUUACAUUCUUUGGGUGAUAUGGAUGGUCUUUCCGAACUUGUUCAAGAAAAAUGGCAAGAUGCAACACCAGAUCAAAGGAAAGCAAUGUCUACUUAUGCAGCAGCGGGUGCAUGGUCUCUUGGCAAAUGGAAUUUAAUGGAAGAUUAUAUUCCAACAAUAAAAUCGGAAUCUCCCGACCGUUCGUUUUAUCAAGCUGUACUUUACUUGCAUAAGAAUCAAUAUUCAGAAGCUGUACGUCAUAUCGAUAAAACCCGGGAUCUUUUGGAUACUGAAUUAACAGCACUUGUGGGUGAAAGCUAUAAUCGAGCAUACAGUGUUGUUGUUCGUGUACAAAUGUUGGCUGAAUUGGAGGAAAUCAUUACAUAUAAACAAUUCUCCGAUCAACCCGAUAGACAGGCAACGAUAAGGAAGACCUGGAUGAAGAGGUUAAAAGGAUGUCAGCGUAGUGUUGAAGUUUGGCAGCAAAUUCUCAAAGUUCGUGCAUUGGUUAUUUCUCCUAAAGAAAAUAUGGAGAUGUGGAUCAAAUAUUCUAACUUGUGUCGAAAAAGCGAUCGCCUUGAAUUGGCUGAAAAGAUUUUGAAACUAUUAUUAGUUGGAGAUCAAAAAUUAGAAACUAUACAUCCAUCGAUCUUGGCUCGAGCUGCACCUCAAGUAGUUUAUGCUCAUUUGAAAUGGAUGUGGGCAAGUGGAAGUCGUGAAGAAGCGUUAGGUUUAUUGAAGGACUUUACGGGAAGAAUGUCUAAUGACCUUCGUGUAGGUAAUACUGGAUUGCUUGCCCGUUGUUAUCUCAAAAAAGGCGAAUGGCAAAAAGUUCUUCAAGAAGAUUGGAAUCCGGAAACUAUCCCUGAUAUUCUUCAAUCUUAUUCACUUGCAACUCAAAACGAUAAAGACUGGUAUAAGGCAUGGCAUGCAUGGGCUCUUGCAAAUUUUGAGGUUAUAUCACAUUAUGAGAAACACAAUUCUACAGAAAAUAAUUCUCGAGAAGAUCAAAAUGUUUCUGAUGUUCUCGAAGAAAAUAGUGCCGAUAUUCACCAAGAAGUAUUACGUUAUGUUGUUCCGUCUGUGCAAGGCUUCUUCAGAUCGAUUUCGCUCUCUAGAGGUAAUUGUUUGCAAGAUGCUUUACGAUUAUUGACUUUAUGGUUUAAAUAUGGAUACCAUGAAGAAGUUUGCAAAGCGAUUAAACAAGGAUUUGGAAGUGUUAAUAUUGACACGUGGUUAGAAGUUAUACCACAGUUGAUUGCUCGUAUUCACGCACCCAAUACUAAUGUUCGUGAAUUAAUUCAUCAAUUACUUGCUGAUGUUGGUAAAGAACAUCCGCAAGCUUUAAUAUAUCCAUUAACUGUUGCUUCCAAGUCUCAAAGUGUCUGUAGACAAAUCGCCGCCUCAGCGGUUAUGGAUAAAUUAAGAGCUCAUAGUGCAGUUCUUGUCGACCAAGCUUUAUUGGUAAGUCAAGAACUUAUACGUGUUGCCAUAUUAUGGCAUGAGAUAUGGAUGGAAAACCUGGAAGAAGCAUCGAGAUUGUAUUUCAUCGAUCGCAAUUUUGAGGCUAUGUUCCAGAUUUUAGAUGAGUUACAAGAACGUCUUGAUAAGGGUGCUGAAACUUUAAGAGAAGUAGCAUUUGUACAAGCAUAUGGAAGAGAACUUCAAGAUGCUGGAGGCUGGUGUAAAAAAUACAAACAAACUGGAGAUAUGACUUUCCUCGCACAAGCAUGGCAAAUUUAUCAUGAAUUAUUCAAAAAAAUAACUUCACAAGUUGCAACUAUUACCUCAUUGGAACUUCAAUAUGUAUCACCUAAAUUGUUGGCUGCUAAGGAUUUAGAGUUAGCUGUACCAGUAACAAAGAUUGCAAGUUUUGUAUCCACAGUUAAUAUAAUUUCUUCAAAGCAACGUCCGCGAAAGCUUAAUUUAACAGGAAGCGAUGGAAAAGAAUAUCAAUUUUUACUUAAAGGUCAUGAGGAUUUACGUCAGGAUGAACGUGUGAUGCAAUUGUUCGGAUUAGUUAAUACAUCUCUUUCGGUUGAUUCGGAAACGUUUAAACGUCAUUUACAUAUUCAAAGAUACACUGUUACACCGUUAACACCAAAUAUUGGGCUUCUCGGUUGGGUUCCUAAUUGUGAUACACUUCAUGCUCUCAUUCGAGAUUAUCGUGAGAGUAAGAAAAUAUUACUAAAUAUCGAACAUCGAUUAAUGUUACAGAUGGCUCCUGAUUAUGAUCAAUUAACAAUUAUUGAGAAAGUAGAAGUAUUCGAAUUUGCUUUAGCCAAUACUACAGGUCAAGAUUUAUACAAAGUUCUUUGGCUUAAGAGUAAGAAUUCAGAAGCUUGGCUUGAUAGAAGAACCAACUAUACGAGAUCAUUGGCAUUGAUGUCAAUGGUAGGAUAUAUCCUUGGACUUGGUGAUCGACAUCCGUCUAAUAUAAUGUUGGAUAGAUACACCGGAAAAAUAGUACAUAUCGAUUUUGGAGAUUGUUUUGAGGUUGCAAUGACUCGAGAAAAAUAUCCAGAAAGAAUUCCAUUCCGUUUAACCCGAAUGUUAAUCAAUGCAAUGGAAGUGAGUGGAAUAGAAGGAAAUUUCCGAACUACCUGUGAGGCUGUUAUGAAUGUAUUACGUAAAAAUAAAGAAAGUUUAAUGGCUGUACUAGAAGCCUUUGUACAUGAUCCGUUAAUAAAUUGGAGGAUUAUGGCAAACCCAAGUCCUCGUCAAGAUGGCGAAAAUCUUAAUGCUGUAGGAACAACCAAUCGUCGUGCUCGUGACAUUAUUAAUCGUAUUUCAAAUAAAUUAACUGAGCUCGAUGUUCCAUCGCAAGUUGAACGUUUAAUACAACAGGCGAGAUCAAUAGAAAAUUUAUGUCAAUGUUAUAUAGGAUGGUGUGCAUUCUGGUAA